AUGGCUUCCCGGUCUUCCAAUUCUGUGGGAGGUCUUCAAAAUAUCCAGUACGACUUGUUGUCGGGGGGCGACCUCUUCGUGUUAUUCAAAAGCUACACCUAUGAUCCCCGAGAAUGGUUCCACAUACCCUCCACGAGAUUGAGGAGAGCGCCAAAAGAUAUCGUGUUGCCUCGGUAUGCUUCGUAUGACCAUGAGAGUAUGGUCCGCUUCUUUCAAGAGCAUGAUAUCGAAGACGGGUCUUACCGAGCUGAACAAUUGCACAGCUAUUACCCAUACAACAUCAGCGCUGACGGUAAGAUCUUGAAUCCGCCACUCAAGAGUAUAAGUGAAGAGAUGCGUGAAGCCCUCCGGGCUGCUCACGAGAGAUGCGUGCAGCUGCAAGGCUUGUAUCGAGGUCACUCCGCCUACGUACCUCCGCAGGCACCUCGAUACGACAGAAUCAUGGAGGCAACCGACCGACUCACCCGGUCUCAAAUCCAAGUGAAGAAGGUGGCAAUUCUCUCUGCGGAGGAACAAGUCGACGAAGUAGUGGCCAAGACCACGAAGUUGUCUGCUGAUAUGAGCGCGUAUGCAUCCAGGAUGAUGAAACUGAACGACAGUCACAAACGCGAGAUUGCACGCCUCAGGAAGAGUCACGCUGUCCAGGGCAAGGCUCUGCGUGAAGCGCUCGAGAAGAAGAGUUCACAGCUGGAGGAGGAUCUGGAAGAUGAGUGA